AUGUUACCGUUUCGCCCGAAGUCUGUAGAGGAGAAGCCAGACUCCUCCAAUACCACGGCUCCUCUCACGGCCCGCAAGCACGCUACCACGGUGGCUCCACCAUCCAUCCGAAACGAUGACCCAGAUGGCUUGGACGGCGAGAGAUCAUCUCAGCCUGUUGUCGCCGCGACUGAGAUCGUGCCGAUCGCCGACUAUGCGGCACCCUUGGACGCCCCUUCUGAACCAGCUCCAACGUCGUGCGGCGAAACAUUCUCCGCUCUCACAGAAGGCACCCCGCGGUCUCGUUGGACCGCCCCCCGGCCGGAAAUUCUUCUCGGGUUCACGAAUUUCAUCGUUUACGACGAUGCCACUCGCACCUUGCCUUUCGAGAUUGAUGGACACCCCGAGGUGUCGGGCUCUCAUGCAUCAAACCCAUGUCCUCUUCCAUGGCUGUACGAGUUUUCGUGGACUGACGGAGUCCUCCUCUUCGCUGGCGACCGCUUGAACAAGGCACUCAGCAAACCUAGUGAGCUCGGUGGUGCCACUUUUGGGGACAGUAUGGAGCGGUCUGCCACUGCCUCCGUUUCAACGGACGUCAUGACACGCAAAUCAUGGGACUCUGCAAACCUUGAGAGGGCUGUGAUCGAGCGACAGCGAAUCCAGGGGGAAAUUGAGGAAACACGCGCCUUCCUUCUGAGACGUCUUGAGGCUCACUGGAGGUCGCAUCCCCCGCAAAGAUCAGGCAGGCGAGAAAAAGGCAAGGGUCCCGCCUAUCAAGCGGAACAACGCCCCACCGCUCGGGCGUGCGGUCAGCCUUACGACAAGAAAGGGUUUGCAGGCCGUCGACACAGAAUUGGCCAAGGAUCCGGAGAUGGGGAUGGAGACGAGGACGAGGACGACAACAGCGAUUCGGCCCCGACACCACCCUCAUCAGCGCCACACGCACAGAACCGCUGGUAUGCCUGCCCGUAUCAAAAGUGGAGGCCGAAACACUACCUCUUCGAGUGCGGAACUGGCUUUCGGCGCAUCACUGAUGUGAAGACCCAUCUACUCAAGAAGCACUUCGCAAUCACCUGUCCUCGAUGUUACACUACGUAUGACGAUGAGGAUGCGCUCCGUCUCCACCGUCGCACAGCCUGUUCAGCAACACCCCCAAAACGCCGCGGCGGUGGCUGUUACAUGAAUGAGCGACAACGGGACACCAUCAAGGCGCAUUUCGGCGGCAAGAAGAUGCAACACCAUGAGCAGUGGGCGUUUCUGUUUCGGACCCUGUUUCCGAACGAACCAUUUCCUGAGAGCAUAUACUUGCUUCCCCGGCAAGCGGAGUAUCGAAACUUUCUGGAAAGAUGGGUGCGGUCCACUCUCAACGACAUCCGCUACCAGGCUUUUCUUGACGGCCCGCAUCUCAACUGGAGCGAGCCGAGAGAUACCCAGGAUGCGGCAGUGACGGCGCGGUUUAUCACGCUGCGGCUUCAGGAGGAUUUUUCCGAGGAGCGCCUUCACGCAGACUUUGCAAUGGCUCAGCAGGACUUUGAGACAAUGGCUCAGCAGGACUUUGAGAGCUCCUCGUCUUCGGCUGCUACGGCCUCAGCGGGGGUCAACCAUCCACCAUUAACUCACGAUGCCUUGCUGCAGUUACCCACCAUCAAAUGGAACCCGCCACUUGAGCCAAAUCUUCCGUGGCUCAGGCCGACCGUGGGAGAGCACGCUGGUAUUCCAGGGCUUCCCAACCUGGGUCCGACCUCAGCCUGUUCCAACAAUUCAACUCUCUCGAAAGUGUCCGCCCCCGGCUUCGGCGACAAUGCAACAACCUCGCUCAUCGAUUGCGGUGCGCUAGCUCCACCGAACGGCCAGCCUGGUCCUUCCAACAUCGACAGCACUGGUGUCACUGGUAUUCCUGGGUUCGAUCUCCCAGGGCCGUCUUCGGCUGCACAGUGGGCUGGAGCUUGCCCACAGGCUGGAUUUCUGGACCUCGAUCCAUCCCAUCUCACCAAUGCAGCAGCAGCACCCGAGCCGAGCGCGAGUGCCAUAGCCGGUGUCGAUGAUUCCGCAUGGCCUUUGACAGCAUGGAAUCCCAUUGAUCCCAUUGCACAGGGCGAAAACUGGUCUUCUCCUGAUGCUCCAUUCGAUCAAGGUUUCGGUUCGUUGCCCAUCCUCGAUGACGGCAUGAACAUUUCAGAGGUGUUUAGGUUAUAG